AUGCAGGCAAGGACCCAAGGCGAAAGCGUUCCCGUUUCGAGUGACAUUCGCCUCGUGUACCGAACGGACACCGAACUUCACUUCUCGUGGGAUCCGAUCAGCGACGAACGGGCGCAGCACUAUGAGGUAACCUGGGUCAAAGCCCUUUUAGUAUCGCCAGCGCUCAAAGAAUCCGUUCAGGUGACGGCUGUGGAACUGUUGCCGGAAUCGCGUCGUGUGGAGCGGGCUCGUGUCCCUCCAUACGUGUCCGGUCACACUUUGGCAGGACUUCUGCCCAACACCAAGUACAUCAUCGGUGUCAUCGCUUUCGUCGAUCAUGAACCCAAGCUGGUAUACCAUCUAGAGGCCGAAACUGCCGAGUAUCCUAUGGAGAGCUGGAGAGAAAAGCCACAGGUUGUCGAUGAGGGUGGAGUCUUCUCAGUGCAUUGGCAUCGACCGUCGAUGGCUAAGCCCGUCACCAAAUUUGUGGUUGAAUACAGGCUACCGAACGAGACCUUCUGGAGGACCAUGGACGAAGCGGAAGUCGAAGAAGGGGCUGAAACCUAUACCGUCACUCUUCCGGUCAUACCUGGCACCUCGAUAUUCACAGUACGUCUAAUGGCGAUCGGAGCCGACAACGAGGUUAUCGGAAGGACCGAAGAGGUCACCAUGGGCGAAGCCGCUGCCAAUGCGUGCGUCGGUGCAGCAGGGAUUCCCGAGGAGAUCACUGUUGAUUUGGCCCAGCCAACCGUGCUUCGGUUCAGCUGGAGCAAGCCAAACUGCGACGAGAGCGUUGCCCCCAUCGAUGGAUACGAAUAUCUUAUCCACCAAUCUGACCAACAGACGCCUCAUAGCGGUGCCUCGUACAUCGGUGGCACCUCAGUGGCAAUCCCUGACACUGCGCUUUCGACUAGAUAG